AUGGCCCGCAUUGACCCCAAGGCCGUCGAAGAAACGACGCGGCGUGUAGGAGCGCUCAAUGUCUCUGGGCGGAGAGAUUCCCCAAGCUCGAGCUCGCGAUCGGCCAGCAGAGGUUCCCUCCUGGCGCAGCCCGCCGCCGCGGGCGGCGAACCUUCCUCCGUCGCCGAGGACCGUAAAGCCCGCCUCAUUUAUGUCAAGAGCCAUGUCGCAAUCCACCCCACCCAGCAUCCACGUGACAACAUCACCGGUCUGCUGGGCCUAGUCGAGGUGGAUCGCGAGGUGCCUCUGGCGCCUGAGUCGGGCACCGCCACUCCCACUUCCGGCAAGGAGAUUCUCAUCGUAUGGGUCCCAGACGAGCUGUUCAAGCGGCUUCCCGACGAGGACAAGCGCAAAUACGAGCGCAUCGAGGGUCGUCCUCAAGGAACUCCAACCGACGAGGAUGGCUUCGUGUUCGUCUCACUUCCGGCUCCGAAGGGGGAGAAGUAUGCGUUCUCCGUCCCCAUCACGAGCGUUUACAGCAUUUUAGUGUAUUCCCCUAGCCGAACGUACUACUGGUACGGCUCUGCCACCUUCAACCUUCUGGGGGGAGUCUCCCUCCCCACUCUCUACUUCCACGAUGACCAGACACCACUUGCCACCAACCAAUCUGGCGACCCGUCAACGUCGCAGUGGGGUUUCCAACCGUUUCUGAAGGUUUUCCACAGGCAUGCGACGCUGCUUCGAUCGCGCCUGAUUACGCCGACCAACAACCGCGGCGGCGAGCUCUGGCUGGUAAACCCCAGUAGGGCUGACCGCGAGGUGCACGAGGCGGGUUACGAGGAGAAGGGCCGUUGGCACGGGGGCGAUAAGACACCCCCAGGUGCUGCAUACCCUCCUGCUGCUGCACCAUAUCCCACCCUUCCUCCAGCCUCCCCAACGACUCCGCGCGAUUCGCUUCUUGUCAGCUUAUCCAACAUCACCAACAUUGCCCGAAGCACUGCCCAGAAUGUGCUCAACCACCCGCUGGCCAAGCCCGUGGUCCCGCACCUUCCUCCCGCAUUCCGCAGUUUGGUGCACGCCCCCGGCGAGUGGCAGAGCAGUGUACCGCCGAGAAGGGGCAGCUCCAGUAGCGCCGAUGUGGCGACUGAGUUCGAGGCUGCUCGUCUGUAUCUCGCGCGCUGGGCGCGUGUGGUGGCGGAGGAAGGUGAGCGGUCGCGUCGCGACGAGCUGGCCGCACGCGCGGCCGGUGGUGAUGCCAGCGCGGAGGACAUUACGUCCCUCGGCGUGUUCUCUGUGCUCCCAGGCAAUCGCAAGAUGCCCAAACCUACGCGUCACCCCGAGCGCCCGAUCACGGCGGAGGAAUGGGACGAUUUCAUCGCCACGGGCAAGGACGAACUGUUUGUCCGCCAGCAGAUCUUCCGCCGCGGGUUCUCGGAUAUGCCCAACGACCAGGGCGCGCGACGCCGUGGGUGGGAAGUGCUCCUUGGUGUCGUGCCGUGGUCGGUGGAGGAGGGCCCGUCGGGCCUCGACCGGCUAUCGCAACGUGCCGAGAGGCGGGACGAGAUCGUGCGCGCCAAGCGGGAGGAGUACGAGCGCCUUCACCAAGGGUGGCGCGAGAAGACGAAGAGCGGCGAGGCAGAAGACAACUGGAAAGAGGAGUGGCACCGCAUUGACGUCGACUGCCGCCGGACUGACCGGACCCAGCCGCUAUAUGCGGUUAUGCCCGACAUUGUUGCCGAUGGCAACGAAGAGAAGGAGGGUGGAGGUGCUGGCGCGGACAUCUGGUCCCGGGACGACAAGGAGGAGGAGGGUGGUUAUGCGCCUUUGAACCCCCAUGUCGCCGAGCUCCGCGAGAUCCUCAUGACGUACCACGUUCAUGCACCUGACCUGGGUUACGUGCAAGGCAUGUCAGACCUCCUCAGCCCCAUCUACAGCGUGUUCGAGGCCUCGGCUCCGGAGGCGUUCUACGGGCUGGUCGGGGUCAUGAAGCAGAUGGAAUCCAACUUCCUGCGCGACCAGAGCGGCAUGCGGCGUCAGCUGAGCACUCUGCAGCAGCUCAUUGCGUUAAUGGACCCCGAGUUGCACGCACACCUCGAGCGCACGGGCUCGCUCAACCUCUUCUUCUGCUUCCGCUGGAUUCUCAUCGCGUUCAAGCGCGAGUUCCAGUUCGAGACGGUAAUUCGACUGUGGGAGGUGCUGUGGACCAACUACUACUCGGAUAACUUUGUGUUAUUCGUUGCCCUUGCGGUGCUGCAGAGCCACCGGGACGUGAUUAUCCGCUACCUGAGCGAGUUUGACGAGGUGCUCAAGUACGCGAACGACCUAACUGGGACGAUCGACCUCGACACGACACUCGCCCAGGCCGAGGUGCUAUUCCUGUCCUUCCGCGACAUCAUGGAAGAGAUCGACAAGGAGGGCAGGUCCGACAAUGAGCUGCGCCAGCGCCGCGGCUCGCCCCCCGCCAACGCGUCGUCAUCAGCGUCCUCGACUGCAGUGGAGCGGCGUCCGUCAGCGCGCACCGUCAGCCCGGAGUUAUACUCUCUGUUCUAUGAGCACAACACGUUCCGAAGGGUAAACGUAGAGCCCAUGGUGUUGUACAUGUAG